AAUUCUGUUUAUACACAUUUCGUACCCGUGCUAAUAGUUUUGAGAAUAUGGCCGCCAGCGUGGAAAAGAAUGUUUUUUGUGUAAAAGAUAUUUCUUCAUACUCAUGGCUUGAAAAUUACUUGGGCAAUACUGCUGCUUCCUGGAAACCAAUUUCAUUAACAUAUGUUUUAUACCCUGAAGGUGAUCUUGUUGGAAAGGUGUUGGCUUGGAGUAGCAUGCUACCAAUUUUUAUUCUAGUAUCCUUUGUUACUUUAAUCCUCUUCAGACGAGAGUUGCACACGAUGGCAUUUUUUGGUGGGAUUCUCAUAAAUGAAAUUGUCAAUAUGGGUUUAAAGUAUAGCAUCAAGUCACCAAGACCAUGUGGACGUCACAAAUUUACUAACAUUAUGAAUGAAUUUAUGAGCAAAGAAGUUAUUUUGAAGCACUCUGACAUCACAGCUGACGAAAGAAAAGAAUUGUACAAUAAAUAUGGAAUGCCUUCAAGUCAUGCUCAAUUUAUGUCAUUUUUUGCAAUUUAUAUGUUAUUCUUCGCUUAUAUCAGAUUAAAAAUGCAUGUUUACGAGAAGUUUAUGGAUAAUAUUAGACAACACCUCAUCGCGUUUUCUUCUGUGGGAGCUUCUGUAAUAGUCUGCUAUAGUAGGAUAUAUCUUCAUUACCACACACUGGAACAAGUUAUUGUUGGAAUAGUAGUUGGGCUUGUGAAUGGUGCUGUUUGGUUUUAUAUUGUGGAGACUUUGUUCACUCCUAUUUUUCAAGACAUAGUUAAUACGAAAAUAGCCGAGUAUUUCCUUAUAAGGGAUUCUUCAAAUAUACCAGAUAUUCUUUGGUUUGAGUAUACUUCAUCUCGAACAGAAGCUAGGCAACGACAGAGACGUAUCACUCAGAAAUCACAAUAGUGUGUUCAAAUUUGACAAGAAUGACUUGUUUGUGUGGUCGCCUCCAUUUUUUUACUCACCGAUUUUGUAAAUACAACUUCUAAUAAAUGCUGUCAGAUAAAA